CUGGAGCAGGAUGGCUGCCUCGCAAGGCAAGAGCGAGCUGAAGCUGGCCGACUGGAUGGCAGCUUUGCCUGGGAGCCUCCAGAACGUGCCCAUCUCCAACCUGGCCAUCCCAGGAUCUCACGAUUCAUUUAGCUUCUACAUUGAUGAGGCUUCUCCAGUUGGACCCGAGCAACCAGAAACUGUCCAGAAUUUUGUCUCUGUGUUUGGAACUGUGGCUAAAAAGCUGAUGAGGAAAUGGCUGGCGACUCAGACAAUGAAUUUUACUAGCCAGCUGGGAGCUGGCAUACGCUAUUUUGAUCUUAGAAUCUCUACAAAGCCCAGAGACCCUGACAACGAACUCUACUUUGCUCAUGGUUUAUUCAGUGCCAAAGUCAAUGAGGGCCUUGAGGAGAUCAGUGCCUUUCUUGCCGAUCAUCAUAAGGAAGUGGUCUUGUUGGACUUCAACCACUUCUAUGGGAUGCAGAAAUGUCACCACGAAAAACUGGUCCAAAUGCUCAAAGACACUUUUGGGAGUAAAAUGUGCCCUGCCAUAUUUGCCCACGAAGUCUGUCUCCAGUACCUGUGGGAGAAGGAUUAUCAAGUUUUGGUAUUUUAUCAUAGUCCAGUGGCUUUAGAAGUCCCAUUCCUGUGGCCAGGACAAAUGAUGCCAGCUCCAUGGGCAAACACAACAGACCCAGAAAAACUGAUCCAGUUUCUUCAGGCUUCAAUCACCGAGAGAAGGAAGAAGGGCUCCUUUUUUAUAUCUCAGGUGGUGCUGACCCCAAAGGCUAGCACUGUGGUCAAGGGGGUCACUAGCGGUCUCAGAGAAACAAUCACUGAAAGAGCUCUCCCUGCCAUGAUGCAGUGGGUCCGGACUCAGACGCCAGGUGAAAGCGGUAUCAACAUUGUCACGGCAGACUUUGUAGAACUUGGCGACUUUAUCAGCACAGUGAUAAAACUGAACUACAGCUUGGACGAAGGUGAAGCUGACACAACUUGAUAGUACCAUGAUAUGUCCAGUAUACUCCAAAAUGGAACUUUUUUCCAGUUGUGUUAGGUUAGGUUGUAAUCUUGUGACACAGAUUUUGCAAGCACAUGCUGAAUAUAUUCUUUUCUUUUGAAUGUACUGAGGACUUAGAAAAGGUAGGCAAAAUGGGAAAAAAUGUUUUUGCACUUGUGAUCAUUUCUUGACAUCAUUUAGCUCAUGUCUCAGGAAACCAACCAGGUUUCAAUCAUACAGCUAUCUUAUGCAAGAAAUCCAUGAGUAAAUAAUACAUCAGCAACCAAAUAUGUUUUGGGUUAUAUUGAUGAUCAUUCACUAUGCUUAACUCAUAACUGGUGGCCAUAUAUAGCCCUCUGUCUGUGCAAUGGAAUCCCAUCAUCCUAAAUCGAACCAUGAAUUAAAGUGGUAUUAAUACCAUCAAAGCACUUCAUCAGGCAGUGUGUUACACAUAUUAAUGUUGCACAAAUUGGCGGCAUAGCUCUUUUUUGAAAGUAUAUAUCAGCAACACUGAAGACCAGCCAAAAAUUAGAAAAUAACUGUUGGUCCAAUUAAUAGUGUAAAGAAGCUAUGAAAAAUGUUUGGAAAUUCUGCCCAGCAUCCAACUAUGUUGUGCUAGCAUAAAGCCUGUUGUGCUAGCAUUUUCACACACUUUCAGAGUUAGUAACAAGAGCAGUAGCCAAUACA